AAAUAGAUACUAAUUAGCUGUGGAGAGAGCCUUGUGGCUCCCUGACCUUUCGCUCUAAUCCAUUUGGAGCGGAGCACCCUAUUGAAAUAUGUUUGUGCCAAGGCAGGACAGUCAGUGUAGCUCAGGCUGCUGCGUGAUGCCUCUUCUGCUAGAGACCUUGACAGAUCCAUAAGUGUUUGUUUCCCUUUCCUCCUUUCCCCCCAAUAACAGUCUGCAACGGUCCUUUUACAUCUUUGUUUUGUUAUUUAAGGCUUCUGCCCUCCCAGCCCAUCUUCCAGGCUUUCAGUGUUGCGUUGCAUUCCUUCGUCUCCCCUGCUGCUGCUCCUCGGAAGUGCUAUAUGCUGGUAUCCAAUGCGGCUUUGGUGCACGGAUGGAAGACGAAUGAAAGGGUAGGUACCAGUGGAACGGGCAAUGCUGGCUUUUCUUUCUAUUUGUGGCUCUUUCAGGCAUAUUUCUUGUGAAUCAUGAAUGUGACGUUGCAGCCUGGGGCCCCCUUCCAGGCUGCUGUUUUUCUGUGGCUGCAUCCUGCAACAUGCUAUCGUAAUGGAUUAGUGGUGGAAUUAUCCUGGGCCGUCCACACAUCAUGCUGCUUUCUUAGCAUUCCUGUCAAGAUGCAACAGGUGCAUGCUAUCUGCACUUUCUGGAAACAAUUGAAGACAUGCUUGUUCUGACAAGCUUUCCCAGGAUCAAAGCAGUUUGAUCAAAAAGGAUAAAAUGAUAAUUUUUUUCAAUAAAAACAACGGACAACAAUAAUUUAAAACAAUUGAACAAAUUUAAAGCAGCAAUAAACAAAUAACUGAAAUAAGCAUGAACAUUCUGACUAUCUUGGUAGGCUUGUCUAAAGAAAAAUGCUUUAAGCAGAAGCUCAGAAGAGUACAGUGAAGGCACCUGCCUGGUAUCAAUAGGCGGGAAGUGUGGGUUCUUCUGUCUUGAUUUAAAUAUAUAUGUUUCUGUGUUUGCAACUCUUUUUAACCAUCUUACGUGUAAAUCGCCUUGUGGCGGUGGUUUAGAAGAUGAUUAAUAAAUCAGUAACAACCACAAUAUAAUGUUUUGUAAUACCUCCUGAAUGUUGUUGCAUUAUUGCCAUCUGGAGGGACACUCUUGUUCCACAGAGCAACAAAACAAUAACCCCAGAACAUUGGCAGUAUGAAAAGUUAGAGGAUUUUAUCAGGAAGUUGUAGGACACACAAUGAUUGCAAAUGAAGCAGUCUGUCCACCCAGGAACUUUUGCAGACACAAAGAGUAGGCAAAGUGGGAUUGCAUUUCUCUGCCUUGAAUGUGAGCACAAAUCAUAUGUCUCUUAUUCCCAUUUAGUUCCACUCUUUGAAUUCAACCGUCACACUGUCUCAUUGUAACACGAGCAGUAUAUGCUCUCUUGUGGGAACGGGGCACAUUUUCUUGUUAUGUUUUCUUGAUCUCUCGCAUAAUAUUGAAAAUUGUCAGCUACUUGGCUGACAGUGCUAUUUGACUCAGUUCAGACAAAAUGGCAAAAUGUAGCUUGGACCUAUGAAAGCAAGCCUUGAAAGAGGCACACACACCCCUCCCCUCACAUCCUCAGAGUAAUUGGCUGCUUCCUGGGUUUUAGAAAACCAUAGCUGGUUGUUACAUCGAAACAGGAAACGAUGGGUUGGGUCCAGAGAUCCCUAAACAGAAGUCUGCUCAUGAACCAGCGUUCUUUUAUCUCCUGCAAGUGGAAGGGUGUCGUGUGUGUGUGUGUGGUACAGCCAUUUUUAUGGGAAAUGGCAAGGGGGCUGCAGGCAGCAGUGAAAUAUCUGUGUAAGUCUUUGUUGGAUUGCAGCCUCUUCUGCAAAUGGAAGGGCACUCUUGUUUAGAUAUCCGAGUCUAUGGGUUUCAAACCAUAACCAGACACCAGUUUGCAAUUCUGAUUUGCAGGACAGUUGUAAACUACAGCUUGGCAGUUCAGAUAUAAUGACAAACUAUGGUUUGCUGCAAACCAGGAAGUAGUACAAAAGGAGAAGGAAGCUGUGUAUGAGCUUUAGACUUCCAGGUACCUUUGUGUAUCACCAAACUAUGGACUAGCCUUUGUCUUGGGAAUUUGAUGGCUUGACUUUGCUAGUGCAUAUUUUUGAAAUGUUAUUAAAGUCUAAUGUUUGGGAACCGUUCUGUUUAGAGUAGGUGGCAUAAGAAGUUUUUUGUUUUUUUUACCUUCAGUUUCUGAAAUGAUCUGUGCUGCAAAACCUCUCAUGGAAGCAGUUCUCUCACAGCCAUGUUCCCGCUUCCAAUAUUCUCUUGGGAACAGUGUGGGUUAACAGAUUUGUAACGCCAAAUGAAGAACAUGCUGGCCAUUUGACUUUUCCUCCCAAAUGCCAAACAUGUUUGCUUUCUCCCUGCCUGCCUCUUUUUGAAUCUGAGAAAUAUGAAGAGGAACAACAUAUUCUGGCUUGCAGAAGAUAAAGCAGAAUGGCUCAGAGAAGCUGAUUGAUCAGUGGAAUUAUCUCCAUGAAUUGCAUGUAAGACAUGCAUUGAUUGAAGACAAUGCAGGAUGGGCGAGGUGUCCUUUUACACUAGCAUUCUCUAUUUAGAGCCGCUAAUGGAGGGUGGCAGGGUGGUGAGUGUGUUUGUUCCAGCCUGGCUGCCAAAUUUCCUAACGGGGACCCACUCAAUCACGCAAGCCUUGUCCUUUUUCUUCUUUGGCACUCGCUAGUUCUACGUGCAUUUGCCGCUAUCUGAACGCCUCCCCUCUGCAAAGCACAGGAUAAUAGUGUUAUUUGCAAACAAAAAUAUUGACUUGCCUCAAGUGCCUCUAUCUAGACAUGAGUGUUUAUCACAUUUGCAUCACUUCCUUCAAUAAGCUCCUUUUCUCUGCGGGUGGAGCUUAAUGGCUAAGAUCUAUGAUCCAGAAAGUUCACUGUCUGAAUUUUGCCUCUGUCGCUAGGGGAUAAGACUGAUGCACAUAGCUUCAGCUGAGAGCGGCAGGAAGCUCGUUUGUUGCAAAACAGACCAUUGUUCCAUUUUGUUCAAUACUAUCUCACAGGGAAUGGCUCUCCAGGGUUUCAGACAGGGGCCUUUUCCAGCACUAGCUAGAUAUGCUGGUUCUUGAACCUGGGACCUUUUGCAUGCAGCUAUGCAGAGCCUUCUGGGAACAUUCACUUCAGGUUUCUAUUUGUUUAUUUGUCAUUUAAUCUCAAUCAGACAGAGGUUCAUCUUAGCUGUGGUUAGUGGAAACAAGGUGACCUCAAGCCAUAGUUCAUGGGGUGGGGAGGGCUAGCAGUGGCUACUAGCCAUGAUGGCUAUGCUGUGCCUCCACAUCUGGAAGCAUCUGCUUGGCUAUUGUGUGAACAGGACUGCUGUACUACAUGGGCCUUUGGCCUGAUCCAGCAGGCUCUUCUUAUGAGAAAUUAAAUUCAGUUUUCAUUUAAUGGUGCACUUGCCGAGUUCAUACUUUCUGAAACAAUAUACCUUUCCAAAAUGACAUAGCCCUCCUUCAAGAGUUUCACAUGAGAUACUAAGAGAAACUGAGAUUGACAUAGUUGCCCUAGGACAAACAAGCUAGCCUGGCCCAGUGGAUUAAAACUGCCUCGGAGACAAGCACUCCAGGUAGUUUGAGGUAAGUCUCCCCACCUCCCAACUUGGGGCAUCAUGUGGGGGGCGGGCAGGGAGAAUCAGCCCUCCCUGUGUUUUGAGGCCUCGUGACUAUUCCUGUUGAGCACUUGUAUUGUCAAUCAGCCUAUUCCGUCCUAUGCACUGUGUUUCACAGGCAAAAGGAAGCCCGUCCCCCACCCUCAAGGGCAAAUAAGCAUUGUGAAAAGGAGAGAGAAGUAUUGGGGAUGGAGGGAUAUGGUCUAGUGGAUUCACACCAUUAUUCAAAAGCUAGAUCCUCAUCGUUGGCGAUGAGGACCAAGAGAAUUUCUGGCCAACUCAAUGGAUUCUGUACAGUGAUGGCGCAGCAAACCAUAGUUUGGUGUUACAAGAAUGGGCAUGGCCUCCCGCUGGGCUCACACUUCCCUUCCUCUGGUGUAGUCAAAAAGAGGUCAGAAGCUUUCCCUUCUGUUUAGUGCAUUGCCUGAACCCUCAUCUGUGCCUAACCAUAACUAUGGUUGAUGAAUACAAGGCAGAUUCAUAAGCUUCACAAGUUUCUAGCAACUGGUAUUCAGACACUGCCUCUGACUGUGGAGGCAGAGCAUAGCUAUCCUGCUGAGUAGCCAUCAACAUUAUUAUUUUAUUCUUAUUUAUUGAAUUUAUAUACCGCCCUAUACAUGGAGGUCUCAGGGCGGUUCACAGAACAAAAUCAAAAUAUAAAACCACAAAAUAUAUCAUCAAAAUAAAAACCCAAUAACCCCCCUUCUCCUCCAUGAAUUUGUCUAAUCCUCUUUUAAAGCCAACCAAGUUGUGCUCAUCCUUAUACCUUUCACACACAUUUUUUGCUCAUCCAAUAGCCCAAUUACAAGGGGUAACAAUGUGGAGGGGGGAGGGUGCCCUCUUGGGGGGACUUCAAAUUAACAGCAUCCUCUGUUUUUGUACCCACAGACUUUAUCAGUGACCCAGGAAAUGAGCUGUAGGAAUACAGAUAAAAGCCAGGGCUUGGGAGAUAAGGAAGUGGCUGAAAUGCCUUGUGUAGUGGCAGAUAAAGCGGAAUGCCUGUUAUGGCAAUGUCCACAGAGGCUUUGUUUCUUAAUGCAGUCAAUAGCUGCAGGGCGCCUUGGUGGUUUGGCCCAGCAACAAGGCCAAAGGGGGAGGGAAUGGGGACGCUGUAUCAAGGAUCCCCGUUGCAUAAGACGCUUCGCUUGAGCAUGGGAGGGUCUUGCGUUUCCGAUUACAUAAAGAAGUUUGCGGUAAGCAAAUAUAUAUAUUUAUAUAUUUGUAAAUAUAUAUAUAUUUAAAGUAACUUUAAAAACUGCUUGUAUGUAAGGUCUAAUUGACUGUGUCGCAUUUUGUCUCAGAUAUAUCCAGACCCUUUCCAAGUUAGCUGAGGCUGUUGCAGCUAACCUAGAGAUGUGUGCUGGUUUUGGUUUUAAUUGUAUGUUUCUUUUUUUUUGGUAAAUCUCAUUGAUGUGCACUGUUUUGAUGCAUGCUACGCUGCAAUCCUGUCUGAUGAAUAGUGGCAUAAGAGAGGACCAGAUUAUGAUAAUAAUGAAUAAAAAGUCAUAAAUACAAUAAGGGAUCUCUGUGUGUGUUUGUCCAGAAUGGAUCCUAUUUAAAUUAUUUUCAUUUUGUUCUGCUUUUCUUCCAAAUCUUAGCACCAUUGUGUUGUUGUUUUCCUCUGUCCUGUCCUAGAUGUGUUAAUAAUACAUCAUCAUUGGAGGUUGGGGGGGGGGGGUAAGGUCUGGAAUGGUUUCACCGGAAAACUGUCACAAAUCAUGCAAAGAGAGGGAUGAACUUCAAGGAGUUUCCUGCUGAAAACUGUUCAGUUAUUCUUCUUUUUGCCCAAGAAAGCAACAUAGCAUAAAAUGAAAAUCAGAUAGGUGGGACUUGGGGAAGCCCACUUAACAAGAAAAAUAAGGAUAUGACAAGAAUUUGUUCGUAUUGUUUGUCUUUUCUGUUUGUGUUUUUGAUUUGUGUUAUAAAAUGAAUAAAAAUGAAUAAAAAAAUUUUGGGGAAAAAGAAAGCAACAUAACUAGAUUCUUCGUUUCUAGUUUUUAUCUGAGUAUGUCACUUAAUCAUUUAUCAGAGAUGGCAGGGAGAGAGGGAGCUUUUGAGGGGCGGGGAAUGAGUAAUAACCUUGGUGGUUUACUUAAAGGAUAGAAACCUUUGCUUUUAAAUGUGCAUUCCUCUAAUCCUGGGACUGGGGACCUUGUGACGCUCCAGAUGUUGUUGAGCUCCAUCACUCAUCAGAACCAGCCAGUAAAUCUAGAAGUAAGAAUUGUAGUGGAGACCUAAAGUUGUCCACAAUUUUUCUAAUCCCUUAAAUCCACAAUUUAUUUUCAGUGAAGAACAGUAAUGCAGCUAGGGCUGGACUUUGGUGCUGAAAUUCUAGGCCCCACAGCCCCACCCUGCUCCACCCACAAAUGACCACAUGGUUAAAGGCAGAUGGUGUGGCAGUUGCAAACAGGUUCCAUAUCAGCAGCUUACUUGGCACUGAUAUCGUAGAAUUCCCUUCUGUUGUCUUCAUCACCGUCAUUUUAUAAUUGACGGGCAACCAGUCAACUAUAGAGAUGUUAUGGUAGUUACAGGUGCUUCUCUUACCGUUUCACCUUGAAAACAUAUCAUACUUUUCUACAUAAAAAUGAGGGCUUAUUUCCAAGCAAAUGUGUUGAUCAUUAGAUGGCCACCAAUUUGGAUGGCUUUAAAAGAGGGUUGGACAAAGUCAUGGAGGAUAAUGCUAUAUCAAUGGCUGCUAGCCACAAUGGCUCGGCUCUGCCUCCAUUGUGGGAAACCACAGGAGGGGAGAGGGCUUUUGCGCUGGGGGCCUGCUUGUGGGUAGGUAAGAAAUAAAGUAGACAGGAAUAGUUGUGGUAUAAAAAGUUGCAGAAUUUUGGCAAGGAGUUGAUUGGAAGUGAAACAGUAUGUCCACCCUGAAAUUUUUGCAGGUGCAAACAAUAUUGAAAACGCAUCACAUAUAACUGCCCCAAUACAAAUAAUCAUGGAUGCACAAUGGAAAGGGCAUCUGAAGGGGCCAUUAAUGGCCUAACUUGUGCGUCAUGGUAAGCCAAACCAUGGUUUACCUGGGACCACAUGAAUGCAGCUUCCUAUGCUCCUUCCAUAACUUUUUACUCCUACAUCAUGCUGAGCUAAGCCAAAGUUUUGCUCCACAUGUACUCUCAACCCAGGCUCAUGGGCCCCAUCUGCAUGUUACAUUUUAAGUAUCUUCAUAUGACUUUAAACGGUCAUAGGUUCCCUCAAAGAACCGUGGGAACUGUUGUUUGUUAAGGGUGCUGAGAGUUGUUAGGAGACCUCUGUUCCCUGCACAGAACUACAGCCUCCAGUGUGGUUUAAAAAUCUACCCCCCUUCGCAGGGAACUCUGGGAUUUUGCCAGGACUGUACUUGUUUUUAGAGGCAAGUUGAUUCAUUUGGAGGCUUCUGUUGGUGGUCAGUUGCUGCUGGCAGACCAGACCUGGUAAUGUGGCUCCAAGUGGAGACACCAAAAGGAAGACAUCAAAAGAGUUUAUCUCUUUUCGGUAUCUCCUUUGGGAUAUGGUGAGGCUGAGAACAUUCCCUUUGAUGAUGGUUCUGAGGAUGGGCUUGCUCCUGGGUGAUAGAGAGAAGCAGGUGCAAAGAUGUGAGUCAACGUGACUUCUACACGAGAGGUAGAUGCUGAGGAGCUGUAUCUCUGGUGACAGUAUGAAUGUGGCUCAUGUAUGUAUUUUCCAUAUGAUUGAUGGUGCUUCUGGUGGUUUUUGUUCUUUUAUAUUUGUAUUAACUUAUUGUAUUUAUUUAUUGUGCAUUUGCAUUUGUAUUUACUGUACUUCUAUUAUAUCCUGUAUUUGUUUUAAUUGGUUUCCCGCUUGUGUGUUGGGGGGGGCAGUUUGGGCGAAAAGCAGUACAGUGGUACCUCUGGUUACAAACUUAAUUUCUUCUGGAGGUCUGUUCUUAACCUGAAAGCGUUCUUAACCUGAGGUACCACUUUAGCUAAUGGGGCCUCCCACUGCCACCGUGUGAUUUCUGUUAUCAUCCUGAGGUAAAGUUCUUAACCCGAGGUACUACUUCCUGGUUAGUGGAGACUGUAACCCGAAGCAUUUGUAACCUGAAGCAUUUGUAACCUGAGGUACCACUGUAUAUAAAUAAGCCAAUGAAUGAAUACUAUGGUUAGGUGAUCGGAAACUCUUGCUUCUCUGCUAGAAAUCACCCAGAGAUCUACCAGUAGAUUCAGAUUUACCUUCUGUGCACACCUGUGGUAAAUAAAAUAGUCUUCAUUGCCUUUCCUACAGCAGACAGUGAAGGAACCAGGCAUAUCAUUCUUGAGAGCUCAUUAGCCAAAUCCAGAUGUUGCAAGGCACCAAUUGGCAAAGUAUUAAGAUCCAAUAACUUCUUCUCAAAAUACCAGUAGCUUUUAAAAAUUAAUUAAGCUGUGAAUGAAAGAGUUCUUGGUCUGAAUUGCAUCUGUGUUGUGAAUGCGCUGGAUAUUCUUCUUGGAAGGACUCGGACUCCUGCCCCCACAGUAGGAAGAUAAUGGUCUUUGCCUACCUCAUAGGGUCGUUGUGAGGUUUGCGACAAGAGAACCAAUGUGCAGUGCUUUGAAUGAUUGACAGCUAAGUAUUACUGUUGCCAGGCAUGACUGCUCCUCUGCUGAAGCUGUUACCCCUUCCUUGGCUCUCUGUUGUUGUGGAACUGCUGAGCCUAAGCUUCAUAAAUUAUUCUUGUACGUGCGACUGACGUCAAAUGAAAAUGUCAUAGAGAUCUAAGUUGGCAGGUGAGCAUGUGCCAGAGAGCACACACUGAGAGGAAGGUUGUGGGAGACCCGGGUAUCAAAAGGGACUGCUUGGGGAGCUAUUCCCAUGGUUGGUGUGGCGGCUGGGAGUUGUCCCUACCCCUCCAGGAAAUACUCCAGUUACUGCUAAUGGAAAGAAGAUACUGACUCUCUCUUUCUCUCUCUCUCUCUCUCUCUCUCUCACACACACACACACACACACGUGCACACACACACCUCGGUACAGAUGGAACUGCCGAAACAAACACAUAAUCAAAAGCUUGUAAGAAUUAACCUGGCCCAAUAGAUUCAGGUACUGCAAACAUUUCCAGCAUUAGAACCUCAGUAAUUUUUGUGGGAAAAUCAUUUUUGAGGGUUAAUUAUUUUACCGUUAAUUGUGGAAACAAUGCUGACAUGCCAUUCUGUGGAGAUUUUCUCUCCCCCCUUUUCCCUUUUACACUGGGGGCUCUCUUGGCACCGAAUGAAGAAUUCAGUUUGAGUUGUUUCAGUUGACAAAGGCAUGCUGGCAGUAGAUAUAUACUCCAUAUCGCUGUCAUGAUGGUCUAUUUUUAAAUUUCAACUGCCGGCCAAGCUUGGGCGCGGAAGGCAUGUAUGUGUUUUGAUCAUUGUGCGUGCAUUUCUGUUUUCAUAAUGCUGGCUUCUUUUAGGCCAUACCAUGUUGUAUCCAGCUCAAUUCCAUCCUUUCCUUUUGGGACGAAGCAAAGCAUUUUAUGUGGUUUCAGUGCACACCGCUGGCCUUCCCCAAGGAGUAGGGGAAAAACAGCAAAACAUUCUUGCCCUCUCCUUUCUCUGGGUGGGGAUGUCUGCUACAUGACCAUUGCCAAUUCUCAACAUGCUUGGUUAUCAACAGCCUCUCAAGGAAAGAAUUUUAAACGAUUCUGUGACGUCAGAAGGCCAAGAGGGAGGGGGAGACAUCCCUCAAGCCCACCACCAAGUUAAGAUCAUCAUUAUAAGCCUGCAGGAGGAAUAUCUUACAUAGCAGCUAAUUAGUGACGCCCUCACAAAGUGUUCUAGAAUUUUCCUUCCUUUCCAACUCGAGAUGGAAUUUCAUAGAGCUAUCCUCUAAUUUCAACAAGUAAUGGGGCUACCUGCCUAAUCCAUUUUUAUUUUUUUUUGCCACGAUGUCUGAAAGCAACCAGGAGAUUGACGAAGAGUUUGUAAAUAAGUCACGGGUUACGAAAGGGAACAGUUUAAGCACAAUGGACCAAAAACUGAACCUGCUCAACGAGAAGGUAGACAAACUGCUGAAUUUUCAAGAAGACAUGACGGGAAAGCUUCAGAAGGUUAACCAAGGGAUCGAUGAUUUGGGGAAAGGCCUUCACAGGCUCACCGUCUCACGGACGCCUGCCGACCAGAUCAGUGGAGUAAAAAGGGGCCUGAAAUUUGAAGACGGGGUUCACCAAAUGGACACCCAAAGCACAUGUACCGAGAUCCUGAAGCUUAUGAAAGUGACCCAUCAAGAUGCUUCAAAGUACAGGGAGAGGCUGGAGAAGAUGGAGAAAAUGGUGGACUCAGUGGACAAGGUUGUGAGAUGUUUGGGAGAGACUUUCAAAAACUCAAAGGUGGUGGAUUUUAUCCUGAAGGGUGUUGUCCCUUGGCAGAAAGGGAGCCUGGAUGAAACCGCAGAAGAGGUGAGUCCCCCUCUCCCCACGUUGCUUGUUCAAGACCUCCCGCAUUAGUAGAAAUCAUAUCACAUUUAUUUAGAGGGAUGGGGAACCCAUGACCCUCCAGGUAGUGUUGGCCUCUAACUUCUAUCAGUCCCAGCUAGCAUGGUCAAUGGCCAGCGAUGUUGGGAGCUGUGGUCCAACAAUAUAAGGGCUACCGGUCCCCACCCUGCUUUAGAUCCCCUCCCACUGUGUAUGGUUUUAUAUUCCAGACAACUGGUCUUCAACUGAUGAGUCAGGACCUUGAAGUGGUAAAAAAAUAUGAAAAUAGAAAACCAAGUAUACAUAACAAAGGAACAUAUUUUCAAUAUUUGCUGGAUUAAUAUUUCCCAUGGGCAGCUGGCUGACCACUGAGAGAAACUGGAUGUAAUGUUGAUAGUUUUUGAAUAAAAUUGUUUGUGCCCUGGAACGGUAGGAUUCAAUGCUAAGUUUAGCAUUCUCUAUAUCAUGGUAUUUUGCCCAUCCUUUCAUCUGAUUAUCCUUCCUUAAAGAGAAAUAAAUUUUUAGUUUUCAGGCAGACAUAUUGUAUAAGCCUUUACAUUCUUUUUUUGUCUCGGUUUAUGAAUUGCUAAAAGAGCUGUCUUGACACAUAGCAUCAUUGUUUCAUUGUAUUUGUUUAUGUGUUCAGUUAAUUUUAUCUGUUUUGCCUUUGCUAUGUGUUGUCUAAAUUUCAGUAAGUCAUCACCAAGACGGCUGGACCAGAUGGUUUCCCCCCCCCCCGAUCCAGCCGAUCUCUCCUUAAGUUCUUUUGUCUGGAUAGACCUGUUGAGACUCAUUUGUAGCAGGAGACGGUGUCAGUAUUAUCAAGUGUAACAGCAUUAGCAAGGGGGGGCAGGCCUGGUGUGCAUGUGCGCGCACAUGAAAAUCACCCCAGAAAUAUGUCUCCAGUUAUCUUUGUAAGGUUGUGAGUUUAGACAAGAGCUGGGAACUGAGCAGUAGGAGAAAUGGCAAGGCGGUAUGAAGGUAGACUGCUGGAGACGAUAGAGUGCAUCACAUAUAUGCAUGUGGCAAUGUGCUGCAGCUGUCGCGGCGAGAUCAAAUGGCAAGAGAAGCUUCUAGUUCUCAUGGCACUACGGCGCAGAGAUGUGCAUUCCCCCCCCCGCCCUUCCUCCUCGCCUCACUCUGGAUGCUUUAAGUACUUGGGUCAUGUAAAAUGUAGUAGUUUCUAAUAUGUCUAUUGUAGUACAGUGGUACCUCGGGUUAAGUACUUCAUUCGUUCCGGAGGUCUGUUCUUAACCUGAAACUGUUCUUAACCUGAAGCACCACUUUAGCUAAUGGGGCCUCCUGCUGCCACCACGCCGCCGGAGCACGAUUUCUGUUCUCAUCCUGAAGCAAAGUUCUUAACUUGAAGCACUAUUUCUGGGUUAGCGGAGUCUGUAACCUGAAGUGUAUGUAACCUGAAGCAUAUGUAACCCGAGGUACCACUGUAAAGUGAUUUUUUUGGUGUGGGUGUGUGUUUGUGUGUUGCCGACACAGCUCCUUGACAAGGGCAACCCUAGGCUAGGUAUGCCUCCGGCCUAACGUUAAACAUGCAGGGAGUUUCAAAGCACUGGUGCUGCUACACCGAAAGAUACAACUCUGAAUGCAGGCAGAACAAACAGCCUUGCAGAAACGUUCAUUGCGCACAUCGAAGUGGUGGAGCAAGGAGGUCGAGAAACCGCCUCCUCUUACUUGCUGUGCAGUGCUAUGGAUUGGGUCCAGAGGGAGAGGGCAAGGGAAGGAACAUUGAUUUCCAUGGGAAGGGCACUGAGGCCAUUUUGACCAAAUGCUUCCCAGCCCGAAUCUGAAAAUGACACCGAGGGAAGUAAAUGAGGGGAAAGGUUAUAUAACCUUUGCAAAUUAACCGUGGCAAGUGGGUGGCUAUUAGCCGCAAUGGCUAUGUUCCCCCUCCAUUAUUGGAUGAAGCCCUAAACAUCCUUGGUCCCGUAUACCUGAAGGAGCGUCUCCACCCCCAUUGUCCAGCCCAGACACUGAGGUCCAGCUCCGAGGGCCUUCUGGAAGUUCCCUUGCUGUGAGAAGUGAGGUUAUAGGGAACCAGGCAGAGGGCAUUCUCGGUAGUGGUGCCUGCCCUGUGGAACGCCCUCCCAGCAGAUGUCAAGGCAAUAAGCAACUAUUUUACUUUUAAAAUACAACUGAAGGCAGCCCUGUUUAGUGAAGUUUUUAAUGUUUGAUGCUGUAUUGUUUUUAAUAUUUGGUUGGAAGCUGCCCAGAGUGGUUGGGGAAACCCAGCCAGAUGGGUGGGAUAUAAAUAAAAAUUAUUAUUAUUAUUAUUAUUAUUAUUAUUAUUAUUCCUCUGAAUAUCCAGCACCUGAGAAUCACAAAUGGGGAGAGUGCAGAUUCCCUCAGGUGUUGUUUUCGGCUUCUUGUAGGCAGAGUUCUUCUAAUGUUCCUUUGCUCAUCCCUGACCACAAGAUUUUGGGGUGGCCACCGACUUGCAUGGCUUGCAGGAGGGAGGGAUAAGACAAACUCACGAAGGCUAAGACUUGUCAAGAGCUACUAGUCCUGCUCUUGCACUCAUUGCCUGCUUGCAGGCUUCCCAUUGAGGCAUCUGGUUGGCCCCUGUGAGAACAGAAUAUGGGACUAGAUGGGCCAUUGGCCCUGUCCAGCAGGCUCUUCUUACAUUGACCGGACUUUCCCUUUCCCCCUUUUAGACUAAAGAUAAACCAGAAGAAAAAGGUGCAAAAGGGAAGCAUGCACCUAGCAGCAAAGGAAUCCAGGCAGAAGGCAAGUACUCCUUGAAAGGUAUCUACAAAUGCAUCACACUGAACAGAUUUGCAGAGUGGGCACAGAGUCCAUUGCUGAGAAAUUUCAUGGCACUCUGGCCAGUAUCAGGACCUUCACUCGAGUUGGGGUCUUAAUAAGAUAAGAAAUGCAACAAAUGAGCUAAAUGUUUAUUUUAUUUCUUGAUUUCAAAUAUUCGUUAUACACCUUUAGGUGCCAGGCAAAAAUGUUUCUCUUUAACCAGGCCUUUGGUUGAUCGACAUCCAAUGCCCUUUUAAAGUGUGGGGGGGGGAGUUAUUGGGUUGUUUUUGUUUUUAUUGUGAUUUUAUCUUGUGAACUGCCCUGAAAUCUGUGGGUAUAAGCUGGUAUACAAAUAAUAAUAAUAAUAAUAAUAAUAAUAAUAAUAAUAAUGGAGUGCACACACAGAAUGGAAGGCGAGAUGUGGUUGUGGCACCCAGUUUUGGCCUCGCACAGGGCAACGCUGAAAUUUGAAAGACCAGAGUCUACCCAUGAUACCACUUUACAGUAGCUGCUCCCAAAGAAUCCUGGGAACUGCAUGUGUUUCUGUUUCUCUUUUUUAAAAAAAAGUGUUCAGUGACUCUUACUUUCCUCCCAGAGGUACAAUUUUCAGAGUGGUUUAACAGCUGAUCCUUCUUCCUAAGGAACUCUGGGAAUUGUAGCUCUAAGGGGGAAAUAGGGGGCCUCCAAAAAACUCUCAGCACCCUCAACAAACUACAGUUCCCAGGCUGCAGGUUCGAUUCCUGCAUUGCAGGGUCCCUUCCAACUCUAAGAUUCUAUGAUUCUAAUACUUUCCCCCAGAUAAUAUACAUCCUUAUUCAGAGGCUCCCCAAAGUUUUUACAAUGAAGACACACCUAUCAAGCCUUAGUCUUACUUGGGACCAACAUACACAUCCCAUGCAACUGAUACAGGGAACAUCAUUUUUAAGAUUCUAUGGGAGAAGUAAUAACUGUUUGAAACAGUGUGGUGCUGCUUUAAAUGUACAGUACAAAUGGAGCCUUAGGCAGCACUCUCCCAUCCUUUUUUCUUUUUUCUUUUGCAAAGUGGGUCCUCCACCCCAUAUAUACUGCCUUCCACUAAUGGUUCAUCCAUUGUUUUUUCUGUUGGUAUCAUUUCUGUCCUUAGAAAACAAAAGGGAGAAAAAGUUGGAUGGCGGUGAUGGAGCAUGUGAAAAGGUGAACGUGGCUGGUCCGGUCCUUUCGAAAGUUGACUGCAGUCCACAUACAGAACAGCAGGCAGCCCAGUUGGAAACCAAAGAAGCUCAGGGACAGGCAGGUGACCCCAAAGCUUGCCCAAAGCAAAAGGACGCUGCUGGGGUCAGUGCUGUGCUCCAGAACAAUGGCCUCUCCUGCGUAAGCAGCGGCAAUCCAGCUGGAUGCCAGAAGACAGACAAAGCCUCUGGCCUGGAAGAUCCUCUUAAGAAGAAUGUCAAUCCAAAAGCAAAGGGAAAUGAAAACGAGGUUUCCCGGCUGGGUGCUCCUUCUGUGAAAACUGUGUCAUCUGCCUCUAAGCCUGGUGGUGAAGUUAUACGGACAAGGUAAUGGCAUAGCCUAGAGGUGGGCAAAGCUUUUUUGCCCGAAGGGCAGCAUUCCCUUGCGGACAAGGCUUCCGGGGACUGCAUGCUAGUGGUGGUCAGGGAUAAAAGUGGUUGGAGCAACAGAGGUGACUCAUAAUUUUGUAGGGGAAGCUACAUUCCAACCAUGCAAAAGCCAGAGCCUUUGAGAGACAGGUCUGUGUCUCCUCCCAGGCAAGCAAGGGACGUGAUUGCAAUUCAAGGACACAUUCUAAGUAGGCGAAGGUUCUCAAGGGAGGCAUCAGCGCAGGGUAGCUGAGGGGUAUUACCUGGGGAAGGGGCCUGGGGAAAGCCGUGACGGCUGGAUAGAAAAGCCCAGAGAGCCACAUUCAGACAUCGGGUUCCCCACCUUUGGCAUAGCUUCUUAUUUUCUCGUAAAAUGCUUCUGAAUGCCAGUUGCUGGAAAACACAGGAGAGAGUGCACUCAUGCUUGGGUCUUGCUUGUGGGUUUCUCAUUGCAGGCAUCUGGUUGGCAGCUGUGAGAAUAGGAUGCUGAGCUAGGUGGGUCAUUGGCCUAAUCCAGCAGGCUCUUCUUACGUUCUUAUCUGGACUGGAGGGCACCAUGUUGGCCACUCUUGAACUAGAGUACGAAAGCUGUAUACAAAAUGUGGCCGGGGAGGGGCAUUGCUCAUGCUACAAGAUGCUCUGUAGAUCCAGGGUUAUAUACUUAAAACAAACAAACAAACACAAAAAAAUUCCCUCCACUGCAGGCUUUUGGAACAAUGUUAUUGACAAGUAAAUCUAUUCAGCAACCAGGGACAGCCUGCGCAUGAGGCUAGGGGAAGCAAUUGCUUUUGGGUGGCAGGCUCUGGACUGUUGCAGAGAGGCAGGGAGAGACAAGGGACCGCAAGUUUGCAUAGGUUGUGUCCAGCAGAUGGCAGUAUUAGAAAUACAGGCAUUGCACCAAACAGGUUACUUUGUGUUCCUGCCAUGUUGAAAACUUGAUCAGGCGAUACCUUGAAUUACGGUCAGAUUGGUCAUGCUGCAAAAACUGAAGUUUUUACCUUGCAAUAGUCUUAAGUGAAGGAAGUAUUCUGCAGAUUUAAUUAGGGUAGGUCAGCCUUCCGCAACCUCUAGGUGUUUGGAACUACAACUCCCAUCAGCCUCAGCUGGCACAGCUGCUCUGAAUCAUAUUUCCAGUAGGAAGAAAAAACCCCACAAAGGUAAUACCUUCAUUAGGGCCAGCUAAAACAGUGGCUCCCAAAUGGGGCAGUGGGAUUAUCUAGUAGGGUGCUAAGAGGCAAGAGUUUGGCAGGGAGGUGCUAGAGAUGCAAAUGACCGUCAGACUUUGAAAAGCUGGUAUCAGUGGAUCAAGUUCAUCCAUUUGGUCGAUUUAAUUAAACUAAAUAGUUUUAAUUGGAUUUUGACUAAAUGUGCAAUUAAUUGUUACUGCUUUGAAUUUUAUUGUCGUAUUAUCUUCUUUAGUGGGUUGUGCAGAAUGCAAUUGUGAACAAUGCUUUUCAUGGGGUAGGAUAGGGAGCACUGAGGAUGAGUUUGUGGAACUAAGGGGGAAGUGGCCCAAAUAAGUUUGGGAACCACGGAGCUAAAAGUUCACAAGGAAACAUCUGAAACUGAAAAGUGUUUGCUCCGCAGGCUUUCGAUCAACAUGGAAAUGAGCGAUGCCCAAGACAAAGCAUUGAAGGGGAAAGAAGCUGGUGUUGGAAGUCAAGGAGGCAACAGCAACGGAGCAUCAGCAAUUUGCCCACCGCUAUCAAAAGGUGAAGGAACAAAAUGCUUGCCAGACCCUUGUAAAGCUAAGCAGCCCUCGAAAAACAGCAGGGCUGAGCCAGCCCAAGAACUAAGAGGGGCAAAGUCUUCAGAUAAGCAAUCUGAGCAAGCGCCCAAACUGAUGGGUCCUCCUCCUCCAUCACCACUUAAGAAGACCGAAGGGAGAGCAGAGGUCAAAUGCAAAAUGGCUCCAUGCCCAAAUUCAGUGGCAAGGGACUCUGGGAAAGAUCCAGGAGGCAAAGUGAAAGCUCCCAAGGAAACGACAAGGAUAAUGAAAGACUCUGUGAAAGACGGCAGAUUGGAGACUGUGGAAUCAGGUAGCUCACCUGCAGAAAGGGAAGAGAGAAGAAGACCCAGUCAGGUUGCCACGAAACCGACUGAAGAUGCUGCGUCUUUAGCAGCCGGUAAAGUGGAGGAGGUCAUCAUUGGUAAGAAGCUGGACAUGUGCUACCUAGACACGCCUGGGUCACAUGGACACUACAAAUCUAAAAUAUUUUGAAACUGAUUCAGUGGCAUUGAGGAAGGGGUUGGACACUGUCCAUUGAGUGCAGUAUUGCCCACACUGACUGGCAGUAGCUCUCCAGGAUUUCAGGAAGGGGGUUCUUGUGGUCCUACCUGGAGAUGCCAGGAGUUGAAUCUGGGACCUUCUGCAUGCCAAGCAAAUGCUCCACCAGGGAGCUUUGACUCUUUCCCUUGUAGAGUUUCAUUAGCAGUUUCCUAUCCACCCACUGGCCAGACCAAGACCUGUUUAGGUCCAGCAAGGGAGGACUUUCAUUUUUUUUUUUAAUUGGAAAUUUUAUUUACAACAUGACAUAAACCCCCCACCCCCCAAUACACCUUCAUUAAACGUGAACAUAACAUGGGCUUUCAGACCAGGGGUGGGGGGGGGGGACAGUAGGGGCUUAAUUUGCAAAUAGUUCAUUGAGAUGAAUUGGUCAAUUCUGGCUCCCUUCAGUUUCUCAUUUUUCCAAUCUUAAAUUCCAUUCCUUUCAUUUCCACUUCACUUUGCAUUAAAAAAAAAAGUCCCGAUGAAAAUUCACCAGUAUCUUAGUGUUAAUUUGGUAUGCCACUUUGCCUAACAUGCACAAGAGGUUCCUAAUGUAAUGCAUUUUUGCAUACUAAUAUAUGCAUUUUGUAUGCACACUUUAACCCCAGUACAUACAUUUUUGUACACAUUCCCUUGGCUGGUGAAAGGCAUAGCAAAACUGUGAGGAAGACAAUGAUUUUCAAGUGGGUGGGACAUCACACAAUAUAGGCGUAAUUGCCUACAGCGUACAGAUAUGCUUUUGACAUUUUCACCUUGUGUCUUAACAGCCUCUCAUGUCAAACUGGUUGGGCAGAUUUCGGAAGCACUUAAAGACCUAUAAGGCUGCAUGGAAUAAUUAGUUGAGCAGUACUCACCAUAACCAGUUAUGAUCAGAUCAAGUUAAUAGAUUCCGUUGAUUUAAUACAUUUUGUUGAUUUAUUUAAACUAAAUAGUUUUGCUUGGUUUUUGACUACAUGUGCACGCAAGAAAAACUAGUGCAAUAAGCACCAUUUGUUUCUGCUUCAGACGACAGCCCUCCGCCUCCUGCUCCUUUUGAACAUCGGAUCGUGAGCAUCAAGCAAACUGAGCUGACGGCGUGUUACUCUGUGUGCCAUCACGAAGUCUUGGGAGGGUGAGUCCCGCUAAAACGCCCUCAUUAUUUUUAUAUAUUUAAAAAUCAUACCAGGUAUGAUAACAUCUAAACCCAGGGGUGAGGGACGGGAUACGGUUGCCAAACCAGAAGAGGAGGGAAGAUCAGUGUUGCCCAAAGUGGGCAGUAGUGGCCUCUGGGGGUUGGUGGGGUUACCUAAGCAAGCAGGCGUGCCAACUUUAAUAAAAUAUUGGAAGGAGGCCCAGGUAAGCCAUAUCCUGCAUAAGCGAUCACAUGAUGUGGUGCAUGCACACCAGGCUCCCCCAUCAACUUAGGGGGAGCCUGGCCCCCUCAAAUAUUUUAUUGUAGGGCUGAAGAUGCCUCAGAGUUGACUCCUAAGCAAGGGGGUGGCAGUGGGGCAGUGGAGAUGGAAAUGACUAUCAGACUUUGAAAAACUAGUACCACUGGAUCAAGUCCAUCAGUUCUGUUGAAUUAAUUCAACUACAUCAUUUUAAUUGGAUUUUGAAUACAUGAGAAAUUAAUUGUUACUGUUUCUAUUUUUUUAUCAUGCUGUUAUCUUUAUAAUUAUCAUUAUUAUUCAUUUCAUUUGUAUACCACUUUAUAUAUGUUUUAAAAAAUAAUCUAAAAGCGGUUUGCAAUAAAGCAUCCAAUGAAACAGUCCAGAAUAAAACAUUGCUGAAGAAAGUAAAGUAUAAAAUAGAGUACUGUACAUUCAAAGCAACUUGAUUAACGGGAACCUGAAAUACUACCUGAAAAGAUUUCAAAACAAAACAUUGCCAAGGAGGUGAAGUACAGAAUACAUUUAACGCAGCAGAGUAAACAACAAACUCAAAACCAAUUAUCUUAACAUUUCAAUGGAAAACAUUAUAAAGAAAGUCAAAUGUAAAAUGCACAUUUAAAACAACAUAAUUGGUGAGAGAAUAAAGCAUUAUUCUCCAAUGAUGCUGCUGUUGCUAUCAGUCAUGCCAAUGUUGGUUCAUGUUAGGCAGUGGCUGUCGAAGUUUGGGCUUGAUGAUCUGGGUCUGCACUAAGAGGCAGCUAAGAUGGUCUUCAGAACCGCAGUUCUGAAUAAUGCCCUUUUAAUUCCCACAGUGGUUUAACAACUAGUCUCUUUUCCUAGGAGACUCUGGAAACUGUGUUGGAAACUGUGUAGCCGUAUGGGUCUCCUAACAACUCUCAUAACCCUUAACAAACCAGAGUUCCCAGGAUUCUUUGGGGUGGAGCCAUGCCUGUUUAAAGUGCUAUGAUACUGCUUUAAACACAUCGUGCAGAUGGGGCCUUACUCAGGUCCUUUCAUGUGAAUGGGUCUAUCCUGGGUAGGACUUAGUGGAGAAAACCCUACAAUGUUACUUUGACAUUUCCCAACAUCUGGACUGAGGUUGUAAUGUAGAAAUUGAGAAGGCCCGCCCGUAGCUAUUGACUCUGGCAUCAUUUAGAAACAAACAGAUUUAGCACAGAAAUAUCCACUCGAAGGAAGCUUCGGUAAUGUGUUGCUAAAGGACAGAGACCAGGCGUGUCCAGUUACGGAACCCAACGCAGACCACCGUCAGGUUGUCAUUCCACGGUGAAAACGAGGAAUACAAAUGGGGUGUAAUAUUUUAACGUAAGCACUGGACAACUGGCUGGAAAGAUCAAGCCUAAUCCCCCCCUAAGCUGGGAGAAAGAAGAGCCCUUAGACCUCCCGACCUCCACAAUUCCGUUCCCUUUGUACCAAGUUAUUUUUAAUUGACGAUAAGAAUAGUUUGUCUCCGGAGGCGUCUGCGGUGAGUGGGCCUCUAAGCCGCUUCCCCUCCGGGCUUCACUGCUUUGUCUUCUCCAUCAACAGGGGGCGUUUUGGUCAAGUUCACAAGUGCACCGAAAAGUCAACGGGACUCUGCCUGGCAGCCAAGAUCAUCAAAGUGAAAGUAGCAAAAGAAAGGGUAAUUAUAUCCUCGUUAAAAAUAAAAAAGCAAGGCAAAGAGUGGGGACCUUUUCUUUCAAGCCAAGUCUAGGCAUUGCCUCCAAGCAAGACAUCCUACUCUCCCUUUCUAGCUGUCUCUCUAAACCCCAUGGCUACAGAGCAUCCUCAGUCCUGAUUAGGUUGUUCUAGGGCUCUUCUGCUCUUUGGGAUUUUUUGUGUGCAUUUUUGCAAACCUUGAGGUCUCCCCAAACAUGGUGAUACCAACCUCCUCUCUCAGCUGAAUCUGUUUUGGUUACAAACUUGGCAACACUUGCCAGUCGAGUUUGCUGUUAGAAGGACUGGAUAGUUCUUCCCACAAUCUAAAGCCCAGUGGGGUUAGAUCCUGGGACUAAUUGGGGUUUGUGAGAAGAGAUCAGGAACGGUACGCAGGUACACAGUACACAGGUUCGCAUUUGAUCACAAAUAGCAGAUCCAGGCCUGCAAAUGCACAACAGUGAGUAUUGAUUCCUUUUAGGCUAUGCACUUGGUUUGUGGUGGGCAGUUUGUUGGUGCGACCCAAAGACCUUUUAACUGGAAGCUAGACUCCAUUGAAAUCAGCAAAUCACACUUCCAGGCUGCUUGCAUUUUGGGAUACAGCUUACUCCCAAGCAGGCUAUUGUUUAUGGGAAAGUGUCAGGAUUCGGGGCUCAGCUUCCUCUCGCCCUUGGCUGUAGAUAAGCAGUACAAAGGAAUCUCUUACCAGUAACAGAAAUGUUUAAUGAAUGCAGCAAAAGAACAAGUGACCAUUCUCGGAGUGCAGGUGCUCCCAGUUAAGGUUUCCCCCAUUUCCCUCUAAUCACUUCCGUCCUCUCAUCUCCUAACCUCCUGAUCUCUCAGCCAUUGAGCCUUUUGCACAGCCACCUUAUCUAAUCUUCCAGCCUUGGGACUGAGAGGCUGCACAUCUUCCAGUGUGAGAGAGUCGGCUAGCUCACACUCUUCCCGUCCUUCUUCUUGCUGUUCACCUCCCAGUUCUGUCUGACUAUUGUCUUCCGAAUUGUGCCCCUCAGCAAACCAUUGUUCCAAAUCAACACUACUCCACUGCUCCUGUGGAGUUUCAGGAUCCUGGCCAUGAGCAGGGGGAGGGGAGGCUCCCACCAUUAGUCAUCAGAGUUGUACUUCUCAGCCUGGUUUCUGACAGAAAGCCACCUUAGCGGUGCAGGAUCACCCAGAUCCCAGAGCCCUAGCAAUGGACAAAUAAGUCAAUAGAAAUAAGUUCAUAGAGAUCUCACUGGAACCCGCCACUGUUGCUGUGCCUGUGUGGGUGCCGCCAUGUUACCCAGCUAAGGGAGGCUGCAGCGGGUGGGUUGGUGUGGCCUGCAACAGGUGGGGGGGGCAGCUUUCUGUUUUGCCUCAGGCUGCUCCUGCUGUGUGCCUUCUAAACCCCCCACCCUGCUGAAACGCAAUGUCUGCAGACUGCUGCUAAUGCUCACAAUACUCUUAACCUCUAAUAUUUCAGGAGGAGGUGAAAAACGAGAUCAACAUCAUGAACCAGCUAAACCAUGUGAAUUUGAUCCAGCUCUAUGAUGCUUUUGAGUGCAAGAACAACCUCACCUUAAUCAUGGAAUAGUGAGUCAUAAAAUAUCUUUUGAGUGUCUUGUGUGAGCAACUGCAGGAGAAACGCUAUAGAACUUGUCUGUUAUAACAUUGCAUAAACCUGCCCUCCCCGCCGGGUGCCUUCCAGAUGUUUUGGACUACAACUCCCAUCAUCCUCGAUCACUGGCCAGACUGGCUGGGGCUGAUGGCAGUUGUAGUUAAGGGCACAAGGCUGGCAAAAGUUUGAGCAAACAAAAUAAUAUAUAAUAUAUAAAACACCUUGGGUUGCCCUUUAUUCCCAACUUUACCAGUUGAAAUUGAACCUUGCUGAUCUAUUGAUAAAUCAGUUAAACCUGUGAUCCUGUGCACACUUACUACAGGAUGAGUUCUACUGAGUUCCACUCCUGUUCCCUCUCACAGAGCUACAAUUCCCAGGGUGGUUUUAUCACCAAUCCCUCUUCCCAAGGGGCUCUGGGGGCUGUAGCUUUCUGAGGUCUGCUAGCACCUCUCAGCACCCUUAACAAACUACAGUUCCUGGGAUUCUUUUUUUUGGGGGGGGGGGGGAAGCCAUCACUGUUUAAGUGGUAUGGUACUGUUUUAAAUAGGGAUGUGGGUGGUGCUGUGGUCUAAACCACUGAGCCUAGGACUUGCCGAUCGGAAGGUCGGCGGUUCGAAUCCCCGCGACGGGGUGAGCUCCCAUUGCUCUGUGCCAGCUCCUGCCAACCUAGCAGUUCGAAAGCAUGUCAAAGUGCAAGUAGAUAUAUAGGUACCUCUCCGGCAGAAAGGUAAACAGUGUUUCCGUGCACUGCUCUGGUUUCGCCAGAAGCGGCUUAGUCAUGCUGGCCACAUGACCCGGCCAGUAAAGCGAGAUGAGCACCGCAACCCCAGAGUUGUUCGCGACUGGACUUAACUGUCAGGGGUCCUUUACCUUUACUGUUUUAAAUGCAUAUUGUGGAUGAAGAGAAGAAGAAGAAGAAGAGUUUGGAUUUGAUAUCCCGCCUUUCACUCCCCUUCAGGAGUCUCAAAGCGGCUCACAUUCUCCUUUCCCUUCCUCCCCCACAACAAACACUCUGUGAGGUGAGUGGGGCUGAGAGACUUCAGAGAAGUGUGACUAGCCCAAGGUCACCCAGCAGCUGCAUGUGGAGGAGCGGAGACGCGAACCCGGUUCCCCAGAUUAGGAGACUACCGCUCUUAACCACUACACCACACUGGCUCCUAUCAGUGGGGCUAUCAGUGGCUCUACCUGUCAUUGACUCAGGCUCCACCUCCUAGCUGCCCUGCUUUCUGCUCCAGUUGUUCCAGCAGGUACUGCCACUGCCUGAUCCAUCAGGUUCAAAUUGCAACACAAGGGAUUUUCACUAAAGAUUAGGAAGAACUUCUUGGUGGCACAAGCUUUCUGACAGUGGAAUAGGCUGCUUUGGAAAAUGGUGGACUUAGGCUGGAUGGCUCAGUUGGGAUAGUUGGCUAGAUAACUUUUGAUGUCCUUCCAACACUUAUGAGCCUACGACUGAUGUCUGCUGAAGUUGGGACCUAAUGUAUGUAAAUCAAUUGAGCUGAAAAGAGGAUACCCAUCUCCCUUCCAUGUUCUGUUCUGUCUCCUUAUUAGUGUUGAUGGUGGUGAACUGUUUGACCGGAUCACAGAUGAAAACUACAACCUCACUGAACUAGACGCUAUCCUUUUCACCAAACAAAUAUGUGAGGGCAUCUAUUACCUGCACCAACAGUACAUCCUUCAUCUGGAUCUGAAGGUGAUGGAAAUUCCUGCUCCAUGCCAAUUUAUAGCCAAAAUAAUUGCAGCUUAUGCAAUUGCAGCAAAGAAAAUCUGAGCAAGAAUUUUGAACCAAACCCCCGUAAGAACAACCCCAAGGUUGAUUUAAAUUUGAUUCAGUUUUAACCAGAGAUUAUAGGAGACUUCUGCUUUGUGCAUUUUUAUUUAUUUCAUUGACUUAUGGCUAUGAACAAUCAAUAUUUAUUGUAUUGUUAAAAUUCAGUAACACCUCCCAUUCACAAUCCAAUGAGAAUGGUGGCACCAUUUUUUUCCUGAUCUUUUUUUUUUUAAAUGAUAUUUAUUGAGAAUUUAAAAUUACAAAGAAGAGGGAUAAAAAUAAAAAGGAAAAAAGAUAGACAAAAAAAAAAAGGAAUUCAACAAUACAAGUCAAUAAAAAGAAAAAAAGGAAAAAACAAAACACACAAUGCAUCAAAACAAAAAACAAAAGCAGACAAAAAAUUUAAAAACCAAAUCCAAUAUUCCCAAAUCUUUAUCUUUCAUUAACUUGUUUCAUCGACCUCUUCACACCUCCCUUUUUUGUAUUCUAGUUAUUAAUUAUCUCAGCAAAUCCUUUCCAUCUUUCACUAUAUUCUGUCAUUAAAUUACCUUAAUUUAUUUUAACCUUAUCGUACCAUAAAAAGCCCUAAAGCUUAAAACUUAGAACUUAUUUAUACAUAAUUCCUUAAAGCAUUUCUACUAAAGCCAAAUAGUUUCAUUCCAACAUUUUUUCUAACACUCAUUAAUUUUACAAAAAUUCUCUAAAUGAAUUUUUUAAACUUUCUUCUAAUCUUCAUCCAUCGUCUCUUCUUCCUGGUCUCGGGUUUUGUCAGUCCUUUCUAUCCCUUCCAUCUAGUCCAUCAACCUGGUGACCUUCUAUCCGAGGCUCUUAAGUCUUUUCCAUGUCCCUUCUGCAGGUCUUCUUCAUAUUUAUACCUGCACUUUACUUUGUCUUCUGCUGAUCUUAUUCUUAAUUUCCUUCCUUUCUCACUGAGGGUAGAUCUCGGGAGACUCCAACUUGACAGUAUCUUUAUCCCUUCUCGACAGGUCAGCCCAUUCUCCAUAGUCAGCACUGAAAUCCAAAAGAUAUUUGAAGGCAUAUUUCAAAGUCCCUCCAAGGUUAAGGGCCCCCACAACUCCAAACUCCCCCGACCCAAAACCAGAUCCCAAAUGUCAAAACAUCCCUGCAUAGGGGGGGUCUAUCCAACUUCCCAUCUCCAAACCAAACAGUACUCCAUCUCUCCAAAUCUGACUUUUUCCAGGUUUAGUCGUCAGAAACAACAACUUAUGUUCCUGCAAGGCCGCAACUCUCUCCAUUUCUGUUACUUGAGGUUCAGCAACAACCUCCUCCUUUGUCUUCUGCACAACUUGCUCCAUUUCUAUUACUUGAGGUUCAGCAACAACCUCCUCCUUUGUCUCCUGCACAACUUGCCCUGUCGAAGCAAAUUCCUGGAUUGGUUCCUGCGUGGUUUCUAUAUAGGUAUUCACUGUUUGUCCAAAAUUGCUAACUGCAACAGUCAUCAAAUCCAUCUUCUCAUGUAGCUGUUCCAGUAAAGCGUUUGUCUUGCAAAAAGCAAGCACUAAAACUUCUUCUGGGCACAUUCUUAUUCAAGGUCAAAUGUCUGGUUCUCACAAUCUUUAAUCUCCACAGCUGUAGAAUUCCCCAGAUUGACUCCGGCAACAGUUUCACAAGCUCCCUCUAGAGGAAACAAUUUCUGUUGGUAUCCGUCUUUUUAAAAGCAGAUCCAGCAACAAAAUUCCUUUCGUUUUUCAGAUAUUUUGUUCCUUUUAAGUGCAAAAGGAAACAUUGGAAUCAAUAUGUUUCUCUUUUUUAACCAUCUGUCAAAACACGUUUUAUUCACAGUCAAUGAACUUCCCCAAAGCGUCUGUCUCUGACACCCCGUUCCCAGGUUCAAGACGGUGGAAAUUUAUCUUUCUUUACUCUCUCUCCUGCAGGUUUAAACAGUCUAGGAUUUUCCCCCUCUUCUCCUGCUUCCAAGGGGGGUUUGGUAGUUUUAAAUGAUGGAAAUUUAGUUCUUUACAAACGACUUUCCAGACUUUAGCUUGCAAUGUCUUUGCUUCAAUCUAUUUACAAAAGCGGAAGGUGGACUUCCUGUUUAGACCUUCCCGCUUCGGUGCCAAAUUAAGAUGUUUCAUAAUCCAAUUUUCCGUUCUACUCACGGGCAGUUGUUUAAAAUCCAAUUGUCCACAGGAGAAAGUCAGCGCUCUCCGGCAACAGCAAUGCAGCUUUACUCCGUGAAAAGAGCAGUCGAUUCAAAGCACCGCGCCGCUCACUCCACGUCACUCCGGAUCCCCGAAACCGGGUUUCCCCACGAGUAGGGGAGGCGCAAAAGGUGCCGGCCGAAUCCCACGUCCACAGGCUUCUCCCGCCUGUGGUUUUUAGUGGGUCUCCGCCUCGCCGUGGCGGUCCAGACCCUAGUUUCACGAAGCGGAUUCCUCCCGGUCAGAGGAAAUCCGCCAUUGCCGGAGGCGCUAACCCGGAAGUCUCAUUCCCCCCCCCCCCCGAUCUUUUAUACUUUACUUACUUUAAAAAAACAGGGUUUUUGUUUGUUUUAAAAACAGCUUUAUCAUAAUUUAAGGUUAUGUGUUGUUGAUAUCUGUGUUGCCAAAGUCAGCUGGUAAGCUUCAUGGCUAAGUGAGGAUUUCAACCCGGGUCUGUCUGGUCCUAGUCCAACAGGCUAAUCACAACACUUCAUUUGAAAUAUCAAAGUCAGGCAUCCAAUGCUAAAACCCAGUGGGCAAAAUUCAUCAUGUUUUGGCGCCUGAGCAAAUAGCAUUUGAGCUUGGGGCUUUCCCCUUGCCAUGCUGAAACAUAAUUUUACACAGAUGAGCUUUGUAAUCACAUACAAAGAUUGCAGAUGACGACUUCUCAGAUUAAUCUAAGCAUGCUUUCUUCUUCCUCUGCAGCCUGAGAACAUACUGUGUGUGAAUCGCACAGGAAACCAGAUUAAAAUAAUUGAUUUUGGAUUAGCAAGGAGGUAAGCCUCCCCACCCCUCCACUUCUUUGGGCUGCUAAUUUUUUAAAAAUCUAAUACUUUAUAUCCAUGUUUGGGAGUUCACGCAAUAAUGUUCACGCUAAUGCAACAGGUUCCCCCCUUACUUCUUCCCCUGACCCCACACCCCUUGGCUCUUGAGGAGAUGUUGGAAAAACGCCUUGAACAGUGCACAGAGUGGGGGGGGGCAGGGGGGGAUUGUUCUAUUCAGCAAGCUGAAAUGCUUGAGCUGAUAUCGUAAUAGCAUGAUGCCGAAUUCCUCUCCUUGCAAUGGAAAGGCGAAGCCUGCGUGUUUUCAGUGGCAUGAUAGAGUGUUUAGCUAUGCAGUAUAGUACAGCUGGGAACCUCCAGCUCCCAUCAGCCCCAGUCAAUGUAGCCAUUGGUCAAGCACGAUGGGAGUUGUAGUCCAACAACCACUGUCAGGUUCAUCAUCUAUGCAUGGUCCAUGCGCCUGCCUACUGGAGCACCACAUCAUCGAUGACAAAUCUGCACCUCUCUCUUUCUUUUUCCUCAUUGCUCAUCAAGGUACAAGCCCCGUGAGAAGCUGAAAGUUAAUUUUGGCACGCCGGAGUUUUUGGCUCCCGAAGUGGUGAACUAUGACUUUGUGUCGUUCCCGACAGACAUGUGGAGCGUGGGCGUCAUAGCAUACAUGCUGUGAGUAAACGCUCUGGAGAACAUUAGCUCCGUAGAAAAGGCCACCGAGUGGCAUUUUGUAAGGUCAGGAUGCAGAAGACUUCUGUCGAGAGACUUUGUGGGCCACCAGGGAGUGGAUCAUUGCGUUAUCCUCCAGUGUGGGGAUGAGGGAUAUGGAAAAGAGAAGAGGAGUGGUGUCACAUAGCAAAAGAGGGAAAACCCCUUGUGACGCAGCUAUAUUUACACACUCAGACCGUAGCACCAAAGCAGCACUAGUUGGAGCGCAUUGGCACAUUUUAUUUAUUUAUCUUAUUAUUAUUUAUUAAAUUUAUUGGCCCUCCAGAUGUUGUUGCAGUCCAGCCUCAGCCAGAACGGCCAGUAUUCAGGGAAGCUGAUGAUGGGACUUGUAGUCCAGCAACAACUGGAGUGCUGCUGAUUGCCCAUCUUUAUAGGCUGGAUUGCUGCCCCCUUGCAGAAUGUUCCAGAGAGUUGCAGCAGCCCCCAAGAAGGCCCUGCACAACGUGCUGUUCUUCCACUGCAUCAGACUAGACAGAUUGCACAGCCUCUUGGGCAUGAAAAGAGGCAGGAAUGUCUCCAUAUGACACCUUGGUUUCCUGUUUCAGUGUGAGCGGCUUGUCACCCUUCUUGGGAGAAACUGACACGGAGACCAUGAAUUACAUUGUCAAUUGCAGCUGGGAUUUUGAUGCGGAAGCGUUUGAACAAGUGUCGGAAGAAGCAAAAGACUUUGUUUCCAGGCUCCUGAUAAAGGAGAAAAGGUACAGUGCCUCUCGUUUGAAAAAGCAAUUUAUUCCUAAUAAUUCUUGUUGCCACCCCUUGACUUGGAUACAAUCACCCAGCCUGCCAGAUUCCCUUGAAAAUUCUCAGCCCAGCUGAAUCCACCUCUGUCCUUGUGCCCAAUGAACCUGCUUCCCAUCUGUUGCACACCAAAGGGAUGGAGGGGAAUGGGCUUCUAUGGUCUGCAUGUAUACUGAGAUAUGGAAUCUUUCUCAAACCAAAGAAUGAGUCCAGGACUGGUGCACUCUCUGUGGGUCGUUUCUGAUGCAUGGCAGGGCAUGCAUCAGAUUCAGAAUUCCUGCACAGGCUUGUCUCUUACCUACAGCAUUAAGAUCUGAGAUGAGUCUCUGCCUGCUAUGCCUUAAAAGAAGCAGAAUCUUGUCUCCAGUGGUGCUAAUACAGGUAAUAAGAGAUCCCUUGUCUUCCAGUCUUAGCAGUCAGUGCUCAGAUUGCAGAUAACAGAUCUUGCGGAUGUGAUUGGCCCAGAGUUGGAAAGAUGACAAAGUCCCUACCAGAGAAUAAUGGCAAACCAAGUUGAUGGACUAUGCCGAGAUGGCAAAGCUGACUGGAAAACUCAGAAACCAAGGGGAUAAAAACUUUAUAAAAGAAUGGGGAAAAAUUGUAAGUUAUCUAGGAGACCACUGUAAGCAGAUGGAAACAAGAGCAGGAUUCUGACACACUUGUAGUGUAAAAAACAUGGAUAAUAUGGUUCAAUAUAUAAACUGGAGUACAGACUAAUAUGCAGUUGUGGAUAUUUAAAAUAAGACUCUAUGGACGGGAUGGGGGGAAGUCUUGAGAUUUGGAGAAUCUCCACAUACAGUAUGACUUUAUUGAUGUUUGUUUAUUUGUAUUUUUUAUUUGUAAAACUAAUAAAAUUUCUUGAAAAUAGAUAACAGAUCUCAGUGACUGACAGGUGGGUGUGAUUUGCCUAAAACGACCUCGCAGACCAAAUUCAGAGGCCCGCAGGCUAGAACUUCCCCACCACUGAUGUAGACCAUCCCUGCAACCUGUUUGCUUUCAUUUGGUUCCAAAAUAAUCAAACAAGACAUUCAAGCCUAAUGCUGAAUGACUGUUGUUUCAUUUCCAGAGAAGGUCAGAUUCCACCCCAUGUGUCCAUUCACAAAUUCUCUUCCACCCUCCCUCGUAUCUUCACAGUGGCAGAACAAGUGCCGCAAAUUGCCUUAAACACGAAUGGCUGGCAGACCUGCCUGGCAAAGCCAAGAAGUCCAAGGUGCGCUUGAGGUCUCAGCUGCUACUACGGCGUUACAUGGCUCAGAGGAAAUGGAAAGUAAGCUCUGCAUUGACUUCUGACACUUUUUCCAAGCACCAUUCAAGGUUAUUGUGACUGUCAUCCAUGAUGCCCACUGGCUGCCUCUCUCAGCUUGCCAGGCCAUGUUCAGGUUCUUCUUACUCAGAAAUGAAAACCCUAAACAACUUGGGACCAGGGGUGCCUCCAGACGACCGUUCUGUUAGCAAGCAUAUUCUGUAAUACGUCAUUGAGGCUCACCUGGCACCAUGAUUACAUGUAUUUAGGCACCAGGCAAAAACUUCCCUUUUUAAUCAGGCCUUUGGCUUUUAUCUAUGGCCUUUUUGAGUGGGUGGGAUGUUUUCAUGUAGGCUUCAUGUUUUGUUUUUUGCUUAAAGUAUUGUAAGUCGCUUGAAGCUGCCAUGGCAAAAAAGGUGAUCAAUUUAAUUACAGUGGUACCUCAGGUUACAAACGCUUUGGGUUACAAACGCUUAAGGUUACAGACUCCACUAACCCGGAAGCAGUACCUCGGGUUAAGAACUUUACCUCAGGAUGAGAACAGAAAUUGCGUGGUGGCGGCGGCGCAGUGGCAGCGGUAGGCCCCAUUAGCUAAAGUGGUACCUCAGGUUAAGAACGGGUUCAGGUUAAGAACGGACCUCCGAAAUGAAUUAAGUUCGUAACCAGAGGUGCCACUGUAAUUAAUAACAAUUGAUGCAACAAUGGUGCAUUUAUGCAGUCAGUGUGCUUCUGAGUAUCAGCUGCAGGAGAUGGCCGUUGCCUUCCAGCCCACCAUUUGUGGGCUUCCAAAACACAUCUGCUUGGCCACUGUGCUAAACACAACAGAGGAUUGAUCCAGCAGGAGUUUUCUUACAUUCUUAUGAGAUUUCCCGACAGAACAUCUGCUCUGCAUGCAAGAGGUUCUAGGUUCAAUCUCCAGGUGGGCCUGGGAGAGUACCCUGCCUGGAAUCUGACAACACUGAACUAGAUGCACCAAGAACCUGACUUGGUGUAAGGCAGGCAUAGGCAAACUCGACCCUCCAGGUGUUUUGGGACUACAGCUCCCAUCACCCCUAGCUAACAGGACCAGUGGUCAGGGAUGAUGAGAAUUGUAGUCUCAAAACAUCUGGAGGGCCGGGUUUGCCUAUGCCUGGUAUAAGGGAACUCCCUGUUCCCAAUCCAUUUGAAUCUGACAUCUCCUGUAUGGCCAUUGCUAUUCCUCGGUAUCUGAGCUGUCUUGGUUGCAGUGCUGGAGGAGUAACCACAAGAAAGGCAGUGACUGCAAAAAGGCGUUUGCUCCACAAAGAUAUUAAGAAUUUCAUGUCCCGCCUCCCCAGGAGGGUUCAGGUAUCGCUCUGCAUUGUCUGCGUGACAAAGACCAGAGGCAGCUGCUGCUUUGUUCUUUGAGCCUGUCAACACCUUGACAUGCCCCAAAUGGUUGCAAUUAACAGCAGGGUACCUCCAGGCAUUGAGUAUGCUGGCAACUGGGCAGAAAAAGGAUACCCAUCAGGCUAGAUGAGUAGGAAGCUGUCCAAAAGGUCCCCGUGAGCCGAAAGAGGGCAUAUGCAUGUGAGGCCCUCGUCAAGAGCCAAUACGCCUCUGAAUGAGAGUUGCCGAGAAUCGCAGGUGGGGAGAAGACUCUUGUGCUUGCAUCCUGGGCUAGAUGGCCCAUUGGCCUGAUCCAGUAGUGUCGAUACGAUGAAGCAAGAUUCAAACCAUUUCCAGCUCCAUUUCCUGUGUGACACAGCACUCAACCCUGUCACGCUUAACAUCCCGGUGUUGUUUUCUUUUGCAGAAGCAUUUCUACGUGGUGGCCGCUGCCAACAGGCUGAGGAGGUUCCCAAGCAUGACUGAGAAUCCUGCAUAACCUGUUGUAGAAGACCGAAAAUGGAAGGACUCUGGUUUUUAGCCAUUGGCCCACCCUCACCCGUUUUGGCAGUUAGGAUGCAUUUCCUCCUCUCCCAUUAUCCCAUAGCCACAAGCGUGCUGAAGUUUCUGCCUUUGAGCUCUAAUAGGAUAGAACGGGACUUGCUAUACAAGGAGGAAAUGGGUUCUGUUGUGGAGGGGGACAGCGACCAUGAGUUGCCUCAUAAUACCUUCAUUUCUCUAAUUAUAUCUUAGUGCUUAGCAGUGACCCUAUCUGAGUGGGACUGGUUUCCUUUGAGUAGUUUGAGAACUGUGAGGCGUAUGCUAUAACAAAGCAACACAGUGUGUCCUUGCCUACAGCUGAUUUCUGCCUGUUUGCUUUCAGCUUAGUACAUUGGGUGGGUACAAUGAAACAAAUUGUGUAUCUUCCCAAACAUUUGUUUCCCAUUGGACACUUUUGCUUCCUCUGCUGCUUCUUGAUCCCAUUUGCCUCCUUCCGCUUUGUCGCCACUGCUGGUUGCAAUAAAUAAUUAUAUUAAUUCAGGAUGAAGGGUAGAGAUGUUUCAGGCUUGCGGGAUUUACUUUCUAUUUUACAAUAAUACUGAGGUCCCUUCACCUGAGCCAGGUGUAAAAACAGUGGCUAUGAGGGCAGCACCACUUACCUUAAGCAUCACACGAGACUCACAGUGGGACAACUUACACAGACAAGUGUGAAUGUUCAUCAAAGUUCCUGCAGAUCAAGAAGUUGAUCUCCAAAUUCUUAAAAUCAGCCAGCAGACACUCAAAAGGCAACCAAGUAACACUUCUCUUUUGGUGAGGACAAGAUGAGCAAUUGAAAAAAACCAACCAGCUAUCACAGCAAAUUAAUUCUUUUUCUUUAUGUUUACUUAGUUGGAAAUUCUUGCAGAUAGACCUACCACAAAUCAGCAAUUACAAAUUACAUCCUGAUGACACACCUGUUUAAGCCCCAAUUGCCUGUGGUGAUCCACACAAAUGUUUGCUGUGAUCCAUAACAUCAGUUAUUAUCGACUUAUUACAAGACACCUAAGGAGGGAGGUGCAGUCUCACUUUGUGGGGAAGGCAGGAUAUAUUAGGGAUCAACCUUUUGGGGCCUGUUUGCAAACUGGAGAAACUGUCAUUCAACAUGCUAAACCACUACACUACCAACUGGCUAUUCUCAGUAGGGCGGGUUUUCUUUUUUUACACUUCCUUCAGCAGCCUCAGGCAUGCAUAUUUUAAACUUCCACAUAGGGGAUUCAUCAAUGACGAGUUCUGCAUGCAUAUGAUAAUUUGGAAUGCGGUUGACUGGCAGUAAGAUAGGGAAACAACACUAACUCUGAUUUAUAUAUUGAUCUCUGUCAUUUGUAAAACAAGACUAAAAAGGAGAAGAAGAAAAAAUAUAGAAAUAAAAGUAUUUAUUGAUGUUGCUGCAAGGAAGUAAUGUCUUACACAAAGCCACAAUAAAAAUAAACCUGAGAGACAGAGUU